CGGCGCCUCAAGGCCUCAACCCGGAAAUUCGCGAAGUUGUUCUUUCGUGCAAAGUCUAACUGUAAAGUCAGUCGCGUCCAUGUCUGUGACAUCGUUCUUCUCGUCUUUCUUCAACACUGUGCACGGUGAUGCACCGGAGGAGAAGCAGCCAGAAAACGAAAUAAAAGAGGAGGAAGUUGUUGAGGCGGCGGAACCAUCGAAAGAGUCUGAGGAAGAAGAGGAAGUGGAAGCUGAGGACAUUCACCCUAUCAUUAUGGAGGAAUGCAAAAACUCAGCAGCAUGCGCUUCUCUAACGAGACAUUUCGAACACUGCCAGGAGAAGGUGCAAUCUGGACAAGGCUUUAAAGGCGAGGACUGUGUGGAGGAACUAUGUAGGUCCCUAUGUUGUUAUCUACAUGAUAUUCAUAUUGAUUUUUCCUAUUCCGCCUACUUCAUAUGUAGUCCACGUGAUGCACUGUGCUGACGUAUGUAUACUCUGUUCUUACCCUCGAAUUCUCGCUUAACAUUCUAUUUAGGCGUGUGCUGCACCAAAAUUGUUCUCCAAGCUCAAGUAGACGCUAGAGUUAAUACUGCAGUGCGUCUUUCUUUUCAGCUUCUUUUCGAUAUCUUAGGUGUCCCUAUAGUUAUAAUACAUG